AUGGCAUUCAUAUUUGGAAUCCCUCUCAAUACCUUCAUAUUGGCCAUCAGCCUCAAAGAAUUACGAAAAAGACAAUAUCAAAGUCCUGUGGACCUAAUUCUCUUUGCCUUGGGACUGUUUAAUAUCAUCAUGCAGAGUGCACAAUUACUAACUAGCAUCACAUAUUAUUUGUUUACUGACAUUUACAUGUCUUACAGUUUUAACUUUAUGGAUUCCAUUUUUGCAGGGACAACACUCUCUGUGUCCUGGAUAACUGCCUGGUUAUGCACUUACUACUGUAUCAAGAUCCUCCAUUUCCAGCAUCAUCUGCUCUUGUAUCUAAAGUGGACCUUCCCAAAUCUGCUCCUUAAGCUCCUUGUGGGAUCCAUUGUGUUAUCCUAUAGUCUCGUCUCUCUCAUGUUGGGUUUCAUUGUCAGAUACGUCACUGCUAAUCAACAAGCUAACAGCACAACAAUUCAUCCUGAAGAGCUACUUAGAGCACAGAAGAAAAUUCUUUAUAUCUAUGGCCUGAAUUUUGCCAUCUGCUGGCCGCUUCUUUUGAUUUUGUUGUCACUGGGCUUGACCAUCAUCUCCCUCAUGUUACAUGCCUUGAGUGGACCAUCUGUUCAUCUGAAAGCUCUGUGUAAUGCAGCCAAAACCAUGAGCCUUCUCAUGGUGCUGCAAAUACUGUACUAUGUAUCUCAACUAUGCCUCACUUUGAAUGUUGGUUAUGAAACCAUCUUCUUUUGGAUUUUUCUUCUAAUACUUUAUUUCUUCUACCCAUUACAAGCUGUUACAUUGAUAUUAGGGAACAGGAAACUUCACAGUGCUUAUGGCGCUUUCUGUUGUCUAAAUAAAACAUAA